CUCACAUACGCCAUGAGACCCGUAACACACCUUGUUCGAGAUCGACACGCGCCGAUCAAACCACCCAUCCGGAAGCAAACCGCGUAUCAUAUCCCCAAUAAAACGUCGGUAGUCCACUGAUUAUUAAUCUUAAUCAAUCCCAAAUCAAAUUUAACUAAUCUUCACACUCUGUUUUCCUCCUUUCACAGCUCACAUUCUCCCCUGCUUUCAAUCUUCACUCACUCUAUUUAUACCCCAAAAAUAUCUCUCCUCUCUUCAUCUCUUCAUUCCUUCAAGAUCUGUCGGUGCUCCAUUCUCCUGAUCAAAAUCCCAGAAAAAUUUACAAAUGGGUUCGGCGGAAAUGGAUUCAAUUUCAAACCCAAUUGAGGUAAUUUCUGAUAAAUCGAGCAAUGGUACGAAUAAUGGAACCCUAAUUCCGUUCAAGAUCUUUGUUGGGUAUGAUCCAAAAGAAGAUAUUGCAUAUGAAGUUUGUAAGCAUUCAAUUCUUAAGCGUUCUUCAAUUCCUGUUGAAGUUCAUCCGAUUAAACAAUCUGAAUUAAGGGAAAUGGGGAUUUAUUGGAGAGAAAGGGGGAAAUUAGAAAGUACUGAAUUUUCAUUUAGCAGAUUCUUAACCCCUCAUUUGGCUAAUUUUGAGGGUUGGGCUAUGUUUGUUGAUUGUGAUUUUCUAUAUCUUGCUGAUAUUAAGGAAUUAGUUGAUUUGAUUGAUGAAAAGUAUGCAAUUAUGUGUGUUCAACAUGAUUAUGCACCUAAAGAAACAACUAAAAUGGAUGGUGCUGUUCAAACUGUUUAUCCUAGGAAAAAUUGGUCAUCAAUGGUGUUGUAUAAUUGUGCACACCCAAAAAAUAAGGUGUUAACCCCGGAAAUUGUUAAUACUCAAACCGGGGCAUUCCUUCAUAGGUUUCAAUGGUUAGAGGAUCAUGAGAUUGGGGAUGUUCCAUUUGUGUGGAAUUUCCUUGUUGGUCAUAAUCAAGUUGUUGAGGGUAAACUCGAGACUAACCCUAAGGCCAUACAUUACACUCUCGGCGGGCCUUGGUUCGAGGCGUGGAAGGAUUGUGAGUUUGGUGAUUUGUGGUUGAAGGAAUUGGAGGAGUAUGAGAAGGAAAAGGUAGCAGAGAAGGUUGCUGCUUGAGUAGUAGGCUGAGAUUUUUAGAUUCUUUUGUUCAGCAUUGUUUUGUAAGGUACUUAUUAUUACCUGUUUCGUUGAGUAUUCAUAUUUGUUGAUUGUAAUUUUUCGACUAUUGAUGUUAAUUCUUGGUAGUUAUGUAGAGAUUUAGAGCAUGCUUUUUAAUGAUGUAAUGUUCUUCACUAUUCUUAUUGUGAAGAUGACAAUGUAAUACCAUGUAUUCAGAAUUUCUGAUAUUAGUUUAGCAAUAAAGCUUCUAUAAAUUUUAUUUGUUUGA